AUGGCUAUCGGCGGUGUCAUCCUUCGCUUCGGCCAAACAGGCCUGCGACUUCUCGAGUUUGCGUCCUCUGCCAUCAUUCUGGGUGUCUACAGCUACUUCCUAGCCGUCAUGGCCGACAAGGACAUCCACAUUCCAACAUGGGAGAAGGCUGUUGAAGGCAUGUCUGGAGCGGCAGUUCUGUACACCAUAUUCGGCGUCCUCUUUACCCUCUGCCUCGGGGGCGUCUCUUUCUUUGCGCUCCUUGCGGUCUUCCUCGAUAUCUGCUUCGUUGGCUGCUUUGCUGCCAUUGCCUACUACACCCGUCACGGCGCCAACUCAUGCAAGGGCUUCGUCAAUACUCCUCUGGGUUUCGGCCUUGACACUGAAGCUGCACCGGGUGCUGGUGACUGGGGAUACGUGUGCAGUCUGAAUACUGCCUGCUUCGCCAUGGCCGUCUUGAACAUCUUCCUCUUCCUGGUCACUGCGGGCAUGCAAAUGCUGCUGGCCCGUCACCACAAGAAAGAAAAACGCUACGGACCUAGCCCCGCCAACAACUACACCAAAGGUAUCGGUCGUCGACCAUUCUGGAAGCGUAACCGCGCAACUGGAUCGACUCGUGACGCAGAAAUCGCGACAGGGACUACUCCCCCAGCAGCUUACCGUCCCAGCGACGAGACUGGUAUGACCGGCUCGACGAUGCACGGUACCCAUGUGCCUGUUACUUCUGAGCCGAAGUAUGGCCAGCCAGGCUACGGUAUGCAAGGAUACACAGCUCCUGCGACCAACUACUAG